UGGCAGCGUGGCCCUCUCAGGCUUCUCUCUGACGCACAUUUACGCAGCACUUGGCUUAUUUAUUCGUCGUGAAACGAAAAUCUCCGAGCGAUUAUGAUUUAACGGAAAGAUCGUCCGCAAACUAGAACGCCUGAGAGACUCAACGUUUCUAUGACGAUGGCGUCGAAGGAGGGAUAUCGGCUUGAACAAGAAGCGUUUGUUUCUAAUCACGAAGGCUCGACAUGGCAAGAGGUAAUUUUCACGCUUUUACCGAACGUUUGCGGCAUCUUGUUGACAACAACGACUCUGGGAGUUCUUAGGAAAUAUAUCGACAGGAAUGUGACAGUCGUCGUUGAAUUCAUACUGAUUGUCAUCCCGACUAUCUUGUGCUGUACCGUCCUGUCAGAACACAUCAUUAGCGUAUGCAUAGUAAUGAUAUUUAUCUCCACACUGAAUAUGUGGUUGUUAGGAAAUAAGAGCAUUCAACUUUCUAAGUUGGAUGUGCGACCGAUCACCGGUAAAAGACCCUUCAUAACUAACUUUCGCGCCUUAACUAAUAUUAUAACUGCGAUUUGUAUAUUGGCAGUUGACUUUCGAGUCUUUCCGCGAAAGUUUGUCAAAACAGAAGUGUAUGGAUAUAGUUUAAUGGACACGGGUGUCGGGCUGUUUAUAUUAGCUAAUGCUUUGGUUGCGCCAGAAGCUCGAGACUUUUCCACUUCUCGUCAAACAGAAUUUCAGGAGACCCUGACGAAGAAUAUAAAAAAUUGUUUCCGAAGCUGUAUACCUCUCUUAGUGUUAGGCUUUGGGCGUUUUGUAGCAGUCGAGUUAACGGGAUAUCAGAAGCAUGUUACCGAAUAUGGCGUUCAUUGGAAUUUUUUUGUAACUUUAGCUGUUGUUAAGUUGUUCACUAGUAUGAUUACCAGUACGAUUAACUCCAAGUAUUCGCUAUUCUCAGGUGCUUGGAUAUUGGGUAUGCACGAGUAUAUUAUGACUACAAAAGGGUUAAGUACAUGGGUUUUAGGAGAUGCUCCAAGAGAUGAUUUUUUCUCUGCCAAUCGAGAGGGCUUAGUUUCUGUACCUGGUUACGUAGGUCUGUAUUUCAUUGGUGUGGCUGUUGGAAGAUUAAUCCAUUCCACGUAUCAAAGUUCACAUACAAAAUCGAACAUGAAGAUUUCUGUAAAACUAUGUGGUCUUAAAUUUGAAGCAAGUUAUAACGAGUCCAUGUUGUUAUGUAUUAAGUUAUAUUUGAUAUCUGUAUUAGCUUAUAUCGCAUUGGUAUUAUGCAAUUCAUAUUCAAAGGUUUCAAGAAGACUAGUCAAUGUUGGAUAUUGUAUAUGGAUAUUGACUUUGACAACUACACUGCUUAAUUUGUUAUUAUAUGUAGAGAUUCUACUAGAUAUAACUAAUUAUGCAGCAAAUGAACCAUGCAAUGAAAACAGAACAAAAAAAUUGAGUAAAAAUUCGCGAUUAAAUUUAAAGAAAAAUGUUGAGAGUGAGAGGAGAGAAAAUACAGAAUGUGUAGUUAAAAGAUCUUUGGAAAUUUGUGAUGCUGUAAAUUAUAAUGGCCUAUUUUUCUUCCUUCUUAGUAAUGUUUUGACUGGUCUUGUCAAUAUGUUAAUGUGCACAUUAUAUGUAAAACAGUUGUUAACUAUAUUAAUAUUAAUUAUUUACAUGGCUAUAAGUAUAUUUUCUACAUUGAUACUUUACAGAUUACAAAUACCAAUUAAAUUGUGAAAUGUAUGCAAAAACUAUAAUAAGCCAAUUUUUAUGAA